GUCCCUGAGCCGAGGCAGUCAGCUGACGUCCGCCCCGCUUGCCGCGGGCCGCCGGGGGCCGGUGGGGGCCAGGCUGCGCGGGCAGUGGCUGUGGGAGGGCCGCUGGAGACCGCUCACCUUGCGCGCUGUACUGGCGCCUGGGCAUGCGGCCUGGCAGACAAUAAUCCUAGUGUCAGUGGUGUACACUUACACGAUGCAACUGCUUAUCCUGAACUACCUGGACAGCGCCCCCUGGUGGCUGAACCUGUCCCUUCUGCUCUGUUCCCUCCUGUACUUCUGUGACCUCGUCCUGCACAUCUUACACAGAAAAUGGCUGCUAGUUCGCAUCAAUAUCCGCACGAAAAGACGAAACUUGCUCACGCUUGUGUUUGAUGCAGUUACCUUGAUGAUGCCUUCGUUUUGGAUUGAUAUUUAUACUCUACAACCCAGUUAUUUGAAAUACUAUGCAAUUGUAAGCAGAUGGCUAGAGGUGCUACGAAUUUACAGAUACGUGGUUCAUUUCUGGAUUUUGAAUGCCGGAAUGCAGUCUCACCGCAAGUUGCUCUACAUGUUCGAGCACGUCUCAAUAACGGCGCUGGUGCUGCACGGCGCCGCGUGUCUCUGGUUCCAGUCGCACCGCACCCUCGGGGAGGCCGGCUGGGGCACGCUCCAGUACCCCAUGCAGGGGCGGAUUGAUAAUGUGGCCUAUGACACAUAUCUGUCCUGCUGGUACUACGCUGCGUCUCGACUUUGCAAUGUGAUUUUCGGUGAUACUUACCCACUUACAAAUAGAGAUAAGUGGGUGACGACGGCGGUGAUGCUGGUGGGGUUCGUGCUGAGUCGCUACACGUUCAUCGGCCUCCUCUCCUCGCAUUUAGUCAACGAAGAGUCCCGGAGGGUCAGGUUUAUUGAUCAGUACCACCACAUGGCUCGCUGCCUGAAGCAGUACGGCGCGCCGCGCUGGCUGGCGGGGCAGGCGCUCCGGUACAAGCGGGAACUCUGGACCAUGAAGCAGGGCGUCGUGGAGUCAGCUCACGUCAGCACCCUGCCGCUUCCGCUGCAGAGGGAGUUGAUCUUUGACAUCAAUAUCAAGCAUUUUCAACGGUCGCUGCUGUUUCGUGAUACUGACGAAGCGUUCCUCCGCCAGCUCUCCCUGCUGUUCCAGCACCAGGUGUACCUAGAAGGCCAGGUGGUGUGGGCGCAGGGCGUGGUGAAGGGCGGGCUGGUGUGCGUGCGGCGAGGGGUCGUCGAACUGCUGUCUGAAGAGGAUGAUGAGAGCCCUAUGAUCGCGUUUGGGGAAGGCACGGUCUUGGGCGAGCUGAGUUUGUUUUACUCAAUACCAGCUAAAGUUACUAUUAAAGCGGCAACUUAUGUGGAAAUACAGCUAUUAAAAAGAACAGACUUUAUGCGUGCCAUGUCGGAGCAACCGGCGUUGUUGCAAGAAAUUCGGAAGAAAAUUAAUCAACGACUAGAAAAUAGUAAAACGCGACAGGAACAGAUAGAAAACUACGAGGAAGGUGACUCGAGGCUGAUUCGAACCCGCUACCGACCCAUGAAGGUUCUCAAGGACUUCCUCACUGGAGUGGAGGAGGAAUACGUAGCUUUCUCUGAUGACUCACACAUGUAUUACAGAGAUGUUCAUAAUGAAAGAAAACCUAAAUUCACAUCUGAAUACCUGGAUCUGUACAAUAUUUCCCACAAUGUGACGACGGUGGACGUUCCCAGGAUAUGUCUCAAAUCUUCGUUUCCCUGGAUCUUGGAGCCUGAUACUUCAUUUACAAUAAUGUUUGACGUGGUCCACGUCGUAAUGAUACUGUAUGUCUGUACAGUACUGCCCUACGCGGUCAUAUUCCGGCCCGGCUUCUUCAUAUGGGAACCGAUGGUUACGACUAUUGCUAAAAUUGGACUAGUAUUGCAGAUUUACAUUCAGCUCACUACAGCUAUUAUUACAAAGAACACCAAACUGGUCACAGUGAAAGAGAUAGCAGAAGCGAAAAUGGCAACCGCAGGUUUCUACCUGGACAUUCUGUCCGUGUUUCCUCUGAGCAUAUUCUGUGAGUUCUUCGACGAGGACCGACAAACAGUCCUCGUGCAGCUGGCUCAGAUCUGCCCCAUGCUGCAGUUCUGGCACGUCUGGGACUAUAUGAACAAGUGGGACCGAAACUUCUAUAGCAAUCUCAAGCUGAUGUGUGUAGUGAAGUACGCGAUUACUUACGUGAUUUUCGCGUAUUGGUCCAGCUGUUUCCUCUUUCUCUUUGCGUGUCCAAGGGACAUAUGCGUAUCGACGAGUUGGAUGUCGCAACUCAUGUACCUGGAGACGAAGGUGCUGGUGAUAUCUCAGGCCAAGCACGAGCACGCGCUGGCCGCCUCCAUGUUCCUCGGGACCUCUGUGCUAACCGGCGCCGGGCAGGCAGACGUCACCCCCGGCAGAUCAGACCUGCCUUGGAUAAUAAUAAUGAUACUUGUGGGACUGUAUUUAAGCUCAUUUUACACGGCUAAGCUUUGCAGCAUUUACAUUCUGUUAAACCAGAGGAAACUCAUGUUUAAGGAGUCCAUGCGGGAACUGUUCUACUUCCUGUCGUCCAAUCAUGUCAGCUCCAAAAUCAAGUCGCGAGUCGAAAAGUUCUUCCGUGCUCAGUGGUACUACAACAGUGCAGUAUCCAAUGAAGAGAUAUUCGGCGACAUGUCGGCUGACAUCCAACAAGAGGUGCUGUAUAUUGAAAUGGUGGAGACUCUGCUUACUUGCCCACUAUUUCAGGGGUGCAGCCGCGACUGGCUGCAGACGGCGGCGGCGCGCGCGCGCUGCGUGCUGCUGCCGGCCGGGGAGCUGCUGCAGCACGCUGCUGACAUCGGGCGAGACAUCUACGUGCUGCAAAAGGGCCAUUGCAAUAUUUUAAACCACACGGGAAAGAUAGUGAGUUCUGCCGGACCGGGCACUAAUUUCGGCGUCAUGGAAAUGCUUUACGGCCUCCCCAAAGUGUACACCGUGGUGACGACCACCGCCUGCUCGCUGCUACACCUCGAGUACAGCGCGCUGGUGCAGUGUCUCAGCAUCUUCCCUGAUGUGAUGGAGCCUAUUGCUGCUGUUAUAGAAGACGUAGAUCUGGAGAGAAUGGCUUCGAAGUUUGUGGAGGCCAAGCCGCUGUCAGGCCGCCUGGAUGCUAAAGUUAACCGGAUCGCUCAAGAAAUAAAGGAGAGUUUCGUGAUAUUAAACAACGCCGACGACCGCUCAGAGUAUGUAGCAGCGUUCAACACUUUGGGAAUUAUGAGAUUUCUCAGGUAUUUGGUAAUACCGGGUUGUAUAACGCCGCAUGGAAUUUUCUUGAAGUUAUGGUGUGGGUUGCGAUUCUUUGUAGCUGUGUAUUACAUUGUUACUGGACCUUACAAUAUAGCUACACAAAAGCACCAGUUCCCUCAAAACCCGUCGACCGACUGGGUGGACAUCGUGCUGUACUGCGACAUGGUUCUAAUGUCGUACGUGGGCUACUACGACGCGCGCUCUCUGCUCAUCACACACCCGCUGCUCACGAUCACUCACUACUUGAAGCACGCCUUCUGGCUGGAUCUAGUCACCGUGUUCCCCGUUGAGGAAGUUUUCAGAUUAGUAAAUUACGAAAGCAGUAUCGACAUUUAUCGAAUAAAUAGGCUACUACAGAUAUUCAGAAUAACCGGGGCAUUCUACUACCUAGAGAGCGACAUCAUGCGAUUGAACCAAGCGAUAGUUUUGUUCAGGUUCCUGCCCAUUGCUGUGACAAUAGUGAACCUGGCCACUGCGCUCGUGUUCAUGGACCAUUGUACGCCGUUCAUGACGCCGAAUAACACCUACAUCAUGGUCACCUGCUGCCGGCAGCUGGUCACUGGAAAGGAAAAUGUUGAGUAUUUUGCGGUUUCCGAGUACAUCAACACUUUCAAUUGGAUUUACUCAAUGUUUUUUGGCUGCGGCUGCACAAUAACGGACAUAUCGUCCCGAGGCGACAUGGUGGUGGUGUCGGGCCUGGUCCUAGUGGGAUGCCUGUACUUCGGCCUCAUGUACGGACACGCGGCGGCCGCGCGCGCCGCCGCCACCGCCGCGCUGCUCACGCAUGUUGAAAAAACAAGAGAUUUAUAUGAUUUUCUGUAUCAAAACAACGUGGAACCGAUGCUAACCGAGAAAACAUUAAAAUACUUUGAAUAUGUAUGGAAGAGGACCAAAGGCAGUAAUCCCCAACAAAUCUGCCGCCAGUUAAACUCUGCUCUCAUGGAAGACACCCUCGUGUCCAUCUACGAGCGAACCCUCCGUGAAGUCCCGCUGUUCGCCGCCGCCGACCGCUCGUUCAUCCGCGUGGUGACGCAGCACCUGCAGGAGAUGUACUUCCUCAAGGGCGAGACGGUCCUGCAGUGCAAGGAUGUGCAGGGAUACGUGUAUAUUAUUUAUCGGGGGAAGGUGGAUGUUUUGUCUUCCUACAAUGAAAUGAUAACUUGCAUGGGGCCAGGUGGAAUGUUCGGCAACUUCACUGGACAAUCAUUAGCAUGCUCAGAAGUGUCGAUAUACGCCAGCAGAAGUCUAGACUUGCUGGUGAUUCCUAGCCAGACUUUCUUCAAUCUGAUCAAGUACUACCCCAAGAUCCAAGCACCGCUGAAGAAAGCUUUCGAAAGGUCUAAGGACUACAUUAUGCCUAUCUCUAUGGAUGUUGAUGACGACGCUUCUUCGGAUAGUGAAGGCACGGCCGACGACGUGGCGGGGGACGCGCAGUCUACGCACGACUCUAGGAGCGGAUCUGUCUCGGACAUGUCUAGAGAACGCAUCAAUGUCGUCUCUAUAUCCAUGCGUAGUUCGCAGUCCAACCUGAGCCAGUCGAGGUCCGGCGCGAGUGUUUCCACGCUGCAGAAUUUCAGCCCGUUCAAUUUACUCAUUCCCGGCUCAUUAAUGUUCCAGUAUUUCGGGUACCUGAUGUGCUUCGUGUCCACCCUGAACUACGUGCUGGUGCUGUACGACCUGGUCUCCCGCCACCAGUGCCUCGCGCUGUAUUGGCUGCACUAUCCCAUAGACGUGCUGUCUUAUCUGCAAGUCUACGUUUCUAUGCACGCGGCGCGAGUCAACAAGCGUGGUGAGCUGAUGCUGGAGCCGCAGCGCUGUCGCCGCGCCUACUUCAGCCAGCGAUGGCAGGCCUGGUCCGACCUGGUGGCCAACCUGCCGCUCGAGCCUAUAUGCUUCGCGUUCACCCCUCCGUCGUCGGUGCUGCACUACACGAGAGCCAACAAACUGCUGAGGAUUAAAUACUUAUUGGAGUUUUACAAGAAAACAUCUAAAGAGUUGACCAACAACCUCACCACUCUAAAUAUAGUGGUGACAGUCUGCGUGGCGACCGCGCUGCUGCACUCGGCGGUGUGCGUGUGGCUGGCGUACAUGCUGGCCACCGCGCCCGCCUGCGUCGUGCGGACCUACCGGCUGCGGCAGCUCGACGACCUUCUCCAAAGACGUUGGGACUACACAACGUCAUUCUACGUGCUGAUAUCUGAGUUUACGUCCGCGGGCGGGGAGGAGUUCUCCCUCAGCGGCCUCGUUCCAUUCCUCAUUCUGGGCAUCUUGCUGAGCUCUGGGAAGGUCCUAGCCGCCAUCACGGUUGCCACCUCCAUGCAACUUACAUAUUCCACCCAAUUUGCCUUGAACAUCUAUGAGAAACGCAGCAAAGAGCUUGUUGACAUGUUGAAGAAUCAGGGGUUGUCGAACUUCCAAUUGAGCAAGUUGUUGGUGUACAUUCGGCAACUGUGGCAGACAGAGCGUGGUCGGCAGUUGCCAGCUCUAAUAAGGCAGACGCCGUACGUCCGUCGCUGCGACCUGAUGGCGGCCAUGUUCGGGCAGCACCUGCGCAACUGCUACAUCUUCGCAGACACCGGGGAGCCCUUCCUCCGGCAACUCACUGUGUUGCUGGACUAUACUAUAUUCUUCCCAGGUAACUACAUAGUGGUGGCGGGUGACUCGGACGCGCGCAUGUUCUGGCUGCACGCCGGCGUAGUGAGCGUAGUGUCCGCGACGGGUGUGACGGAAACAAAACAGGAGCUGCUGCGACCUGGAGACACCUUCGGAGUCAUCCAGGGGCUCAACCGAGGCGUGCCGCACUGCUUCUCGUACAAGGCUGAGACUAAGGUGUCAGUCCUGUCGCUGAGCCUGGACGCGUGGCGGCCGCUGCUGCCGUUCUUCCCCACCGCGCAGAGGAAGAUCAUGGACCGCGCUGAACUGCUGUUUACUGAUCAAAUUCUAUGACUUUUGUCUGUAGUUUUAAACUCGUUAGUAGAUUGCAUAAAGCGUUUUAUACCUAGGAAAAAAUACCAUUUAUACGUAAAAAGUAACUAUAAAUAA